AUGCCGUCAAAUCAAGCGAGCAGAGAGCUGGAGGAGAUCUUCAAGGAGCUCGGCAUCUCGCAGUAUCUCAGCGCCUUUGUUGAGCAUGGCUUCGACACUUGGGAUACCAUCCUCGAUAUUCAAGAGUCUGAUCUCGAUGCUUUGGGAGUCAAGCUCGGUCACAGGCGGAAACUUCAAAGACGAAUAGCCAACGCCAGGGGAAUCGACCCCAGUAUCUCAUUAUCGUCGGUACAGGCUGCCUUCGACGAUGAAAAGCAUGACGGGUCUCAUAGGAAAAGAGAAGCCCCCUGCCACACUGGCAGUGGCGGAAACAGCACCGCCAAACGCAAAUACCGCCGACACCCCAAGCCCGACGAAAACGCACCCCCACGCCCCAUGAGCGCCUAUGUGCUCUUUUCAAACAAGCUCAGGGAGGACUUGAAGAAAGAUCCCUCUCUCUCUUUCGUAGCAAUAGCCAAGCUCGUAGGGGGCAAUUGGCAAAACCUCCCGUUGCAAGAGAGAGAGUAUUAUGAAGCACAGGCGAGAGCGGAUAAGGAGCGCUACUACCGAGAGAUGGCGCUCUACAAGCAGACUCCGCAAUAUCACGAGUACAUGAAGUAUCUCCAAGACUUCAACGAGAAGCAAGCCAAACUCAAGCGAGACCAAGAGACUGCGAAACGAACAGCCAUGCGCGGCUCGACCUCCACAGCGAGUGGUAGCGGAAGUAGCAGCGAGAGAAUGCGUGAAAGCGAAUCUCGCGAGCCCCCUAGCCUUCGACAUAACAGCUCGACCUCGAUGCACUCUCCUUCAGGAACUCAUCAUACCACGACGGGCUCUAGGUCAUAUCCAGGGCUAUCGCAACCGAAUGGCGACAUACCCCCACAGAGCGAAGCGCACCCUCGGCGGCGAUACUCAGCAGGAAGGGAGAGGGAACACCCAGCGGACACGCCGCAGCAAGUUUUGCCAUCAGUCCUCGAUUUGUUGGCUGAUAGACAAGGUCAACCGAGCGCCCCAGCGGCUAACAACUCCGGACCCAUGCAUGGACUGGCGUCAGCUGACCAUGGCAGACGGUCCAUAUCCCAAGGAACACCCUCGUGGCCAGUCGACUCAAGGCCGCCGCCCCUACAUCACGAGCCGUCUUCUGCUGGCAGCAGUAUACCGACGGCAUCGUCAAGCAGCUUGAGUAGUAGAUUGAGCGCAGGCCACAUGCCAAUCCAUGCACUUUUAUCGGAUGAAGGCCAACCACAGCGAAUAGACGAGACGCCCUCGUAUACGUCCUACUAUGUUGCCAGUCCGAUUGAGCAAAAGAGGCCGUCCUUGGAAUAUCAGGGGCCCAAGGGAUAUGGCUUGCAGACCGCUUCUUCGGCUUUUCAGAAUAUGAGAUUCGAGGAAACAAGCAACGGUGAUGUGCUGAUGACUCCAGCAAACGAACCGCCGCCUCCCUCUCCUAUGAGCGUUAACGGGCUUGAUGGGGUGAACGCUCUGUUAAAAGCCGGCGAAAUUGUUGGCCAGCCGCGCCAAAUCUAG